AUGAGGACGGAUGAAUUUCGUUGUACUGCAGCCGUUUGGCUUUUAUCCGAUGUUCUUGUUGACGCAGUUCACGAGACUUUCUCUCCCGUUUCGGGUGAAAACGAGCUGAGCUUUCGUUCAUCAUGUGAAAAUCGUAUAAAGGCCAAACUGCUGCAGUACAACGGGAUUCAUCCGUCCUCAUCUGCUUGCUACAAAAUAAUGUGUUCAUGUGGUCGCUUUUAUGUUGGAGAGACUUGUCAUUUCAUUCGACAAAUGGUGGCUGAGCACAAAAGCGCCUGCAAAGGCUGUUGGGUUGAAAAAUCGGAGCUGGCUGAGCACAGGCCAGAAACGGGACACGAGAUUGAAUGGUCUCAAACUUCUGGUUUUGCUGAUUAUGGUGUGUUUGCGGCUAAACGUAAAAUUAGAGAAGUCAUCGAAAUAAACCGAGUAGGAAAUACAUUAAAUGUAAAGAAUACUAAUAAGAAGAUAAGCAGAAAUUACUUGUGCUCAAUUCAUAGACUGAAGGAUAGAGAGGGAGUUGAGCCGCAUGCAAAAAGGAUGCGACGCAACUAG